AUGACCAAGGGCGCCUGCACGCCGCUCUACGCCGCGCCGGAAGUCCUCAAGCUGGAGCAGUACGACCAGAAGUGCGACGUGUGGAGCGCCGGCCUCAUCCUCUACGAAAUGCUGGUCGGCAGGGAGAUGUUCGCGCACGUCAAGACCAAGGCGCAGCUCAUCCAGGAAAUCGACAAGUUCAAGAGCUCCGACAAGCGCAUCGGGUACCCCAAGGAGCUCCACCCCGCCUGGGAGAAGAUCACGCUCUCCAUGCUCACCUACGACAAGACUGCCCGUCCCAACUUCGAGAAGAUCCUGGUGGACUUCGAGAAGCAGUCCCACGAGAUCGAGAAGGACCUGGCUGCGAAGUACGGGUACGACUCGCCGGACUUCGACGACGGUUUGAAGAUAACGAAGACGUUGUCGCCGUACCAGUCGCGGCCGAACAAGGACGGCAAGCAGGACAUGUCGAAGAAGCUGAAGGAGGAGCGUUCCUUCAACAACAUCAACGACCUGCGCAAGUUCCUCACCUUCUUCCGCAUGAAGAACGACAUGCGCACCAAGCUCAUCCGCGAGUUCACUGCCAACGUCUACGGCAGUCUCAAGAACGUCUACAAGUACCUCCUCAUGUUCCUCUCCACCGCCAGCUACCUCUCCAACCUCAAGGAAAGCCUCAGGCAGAUCAAGGACAGGAAGGUCAAAACGCCAGACGGAGAAAUCUCAGCCACCAACAUCGAACCCAUUCACGAGAAGGAGUUCAAUACCCUGUUGGCUGACUACGGCAGCAAGCACGAGAACUCGCUGACCAAAUUCAAGCAGGUGCUUGACACUCAGAUCAUCGCUAAGAUCCUCGGCAACUACAUGGCUCGCGAGGAGGAGAAGAAGAUCAUCAUCGACUGCGACAACGUCCUCAAGCUCAUCGAGGAGGCCAAGAACGGCAAGAUCGACACCGUCUACGUCAAGGAGGCGGAGCUGGAGAAGUGGACGGAGAACGACGUGAAGACCUACGCUCAGAUCCGCAUUAUUGGGUGUUUGGACCAGGUGAUCGUGAACACCAACUACCGCAACGACGACUACCUGCGCAUGAAGAAGCAGGAGAUCGAGAACAAGGGCAAGACCGACCUCAUCGACUUCAUUCGUCCCUUCAACGCGCGCUGA